AUGUAUCCGUCAGGAUCGGCCGGGUCGUUAGCGGUCGCCGUCACGACUGCCGGCGCGGCAGCGGCAGCCGUGAUCGCGUGCCGUCUACUUCUCUCCCCCGCAUCAGCCGCAGCCGCAGAAGCAGCAGAAACGACAUUAAAGCCCAACACAGAUUCAGGCACCGAGAACGCGGUAUCGAGAAUACCGGACUCGUCAGAUACCUCUUUAAAUGCCGCGCUGAAAUGGGUGGCAUCCGCGGCGCGCGGGAUUAAAGAUCAUGCGGAGCGGCUCGUAGGACGCGUUAAAGCCGAAGGUGAUGCUUCCGAUUCGGGAUAUUUAGAUUCGAUAGUAUCUUAUUUACCCCAUGGGUACAGUCUAGCUGGAAAAGCAGCCACCACUGCCGCGAUUGCCGCUGCAGCGGUGGUUGCGGUGGGCGGGACGGCGCUCGCGAUCCGGGCCGCGGUAGGCGCGUCACGAAGGAAACGGCGGCGCCGCGUGAUCGGAAUCAUCCCCGCACGAUUCGCGUCGUCGCGGUUCGUGGGGAAACCGCUAGCGCUGAUUGCGGGGCGACCGAUGAUCCAGGUACAGCGAUUCCAUGAGAAGGAGAUGGGGAGAGUAGAGAAUCCCGCUGUUAGUCCCACCCCUCAUCUCCCCCCCCCCCUCCCCCCUCUCCCCGUUUCCCCCAUUGCUCCUGCCCACAGCACACAUGGGAGCGUGCAAAGCUCGCUCAAACACUCGAUCGAGUGGACACUCCCACUCUUCCGAACCAACAUGGCAGGUUCGGAGCGGUGUGCCGAGGCAGUGGAGAGGCUCAAGGGGCAGUGGGACGUGGUGUUGAACAUUCAGGGCGACGAGCCUCUCAUCGACCCGGCCACGAUUGAUGCAGUGGUUAUAGCAUUGCAGGAAGCACCCGAGGCAGUGGCAGCGACAGCAGUGGCGGACAUAAAAGCAUCAGCGGCGCCGGAUCCGAACCGAGUCAAGUGUGUGGUGGACAGCCGGGGCUUUGCUCUCUACUUCUCACGGGCGCUCAUUCCCCACAACAGGGAUGGAGUGCCUCAUCCCGGCUUCCCUUACAUGCUGCACCUAGGCCUACAGGCAUACGAUGCGGCCUUUCUAGUGCGGUACAGGGCCAGUGAGCCGGGGAGACUGGAGGAGGAGGAGCAGCUGGAGCAGCUGCGGAUACUGGAGCAGGGAUACAAGGUCAAGGUGGUGAAGGUGGCGCAUUCAGCGCACGGGGUAGACGUGCCGGCAGACGUCAAGAGGAUUGAAGACCUGCUGCUGAGAGGAGGGCGAUGA